AUGCCGCUUCUGAUGUCCCGCAAGGCGUCGCCAGAGGCCUCGUCCUCCUCAGCCUCGUUUCGCUCUCGCUCCAGCGCCUCGUCCUCCUCGCACCGCUCCACCAAAUCAUCCCAGAAAGCGAGCGAGCUUCGUGCGCGCUACGAGAUGGCGCAGGCAAUCCAAAAGCCCUGGCCUUUGCAUCUGCUGGAAAACGGCGUUAAGCCGGCCGCACCCACCACCGCUAGCGCGCCCACACCUCGUGCUGCGUCCACCCACAACUCUACCGCGCGCCCGUCAUCGCGCCCACGCAGGGAGCACGAGGAGCUGACAAGUCUCGAUACGGAAAGGAGCUCUAGGAAGCGCGUUUCAGCGGGGUCAGAGAAGGGCUCGCUCUCGCCAACACUGCCCGGGAUAAGCAGCUGGAUUCGCCGUGCAAGCAAGGACUCCGAGAAGAGCGUUGGUAGCAACAGCAGCGACUCGUCGAGCUCGCCAAAGGACCUUUAA